AUAUACGUGCCCUCAUUGGCCUGUUCACUGUGUCACGUGACGUAGUUGUUACGCUGUUAUGGCUACGGUGAAAGACGCUUUGUGAUUUUUGCAUUGAGCCAGUGGGAGGCGGUGCAUUCGCACGGUGUAUGUGGACUACUAUGAAAUCACGACUAGGCAUUAUAUAGUUUAAAAUAAGUAUUUAAAGAUAGUAUUGAAGCAAUAAAGCGCUUAAAUACUUAAAGAACAACACAUGUGAAUGUAAAGCGUACAUUAGACGAAAGUUUUCGGCUUCGGACAGCAGGAUGAAUGCCACACAAUAGCGUUGGCAGGCUGCAUGUGUUCCAGUUCCCACCAGUGUUAGUCUACAAGAAAAAAUAUGAGGAUCCAGGGACAGCCUGAGGGUGCAAGGAGACGCCUGGAUUUGAAUGCGGUGGAUGAACUCAGAGCCUUUGAGGUCCUCCGUGGUCGGGCAGGAUAUGGUUUUACUGUUUCAGGACAAAGGCCAUGUUUGUUAAGUGGCAUCUUGGAGGGAAGUCCUGCUGACCAGGUGGGACUCAAACAAGGGGACCGCAUUAUGUCUGUCAAUGGAAUGGACGUGUCCUCGGCUUCACAUGAGAAUAUUGUGCGUAUCAUUGGCAGCUGCCGAGGACCCUUGCGGUUGGUGGUGCACACAGACAGCAGAGUUACAGAGAAGCCCAUCAUUAAUGAUCUCAUGUUUGGGAUAAACCCUAAACAUGGUGUUUUCCAGAAGCCUACUGUACUUCGCACUAUCUCAAAUGAUUUAACCAAGUCUGCCCUUAAAACACCUCAUGCUGUCAAUAUAAAACAGAGGCCCGUGUCUGAGCCUGACAUGUCCCACUGGUCACAGCAGUGGAGUGUUUUAGCUGAGCAGAUGAAUGAGAAAAGGUCCAGAGUGGAUUACACUGAUUCUGUGUUCACAGAGCCACAAGAAGCUAACCCAGACUGGAGUGUUUUAAACAUGACUUUGGUGGUUGGCUACCUGAGCUCCACAGACCUGACUUUGAACACUGCACAGUCGGAAGAAGGCUGUUUAAAAGCCAUCCGGCAGCAAAUCCGACAGUUGGGAACUGAGCAGGAAACCCACAGUCUGGUGAUAAUGAAAAUCAUGUUUGACUGUAUCCGCCUUUGUGAUGACGUUGGGGCAGUUUUGGCAGCUUUUUUGGCAGAUUUACCUGCUGAAAACCUCGUUUUAGGGGCUGUGUGUGCUGAAGAUCCAAGGUUCUUUUGUCUGGUCACUACAGCACACGUAACAGAUGGCCAUGUACCUAAGGAUGGCCCUCUUAAGACCUCCUGCCACGUGUUCUUUAUUGACCCGGAGCUGGGAAACCAUGAAGAGCACAAAGGAAUAGCUGGGCGAUUUGGGUUUGACUGCACCCCAGAUCCAGAUGCUUUGGGUUGUUUGGAAUUCCCUCAGACACCACCAGAUGUCCUUCACUUUGUCACUGUCCUGUACAGUGACUUGGGGGAGGCUGUGGAAAGGCUGAGAGUAAAACUGGACAGGGAGGCUGAGCAGCAAGACAAGAAAAACAAUGGCACUGGCAAAAAAGGCAGUUCGAGCAGCAACACCGACAGUGGAAUUGGAAAUGGGUCUCCCCCUGAGGAAAGAGCAGGAAGGGAUUUUCCUCCUUCAAUCCAUGUCCGUACUCAGGCCCACCUCCCCAGCUGUCCUUGGGAUUAUCCUCAUGCUGAAGACCUCACGCCAAUUAACCUAUCUGAACAUGACCAAAAACCUAAUCCAUGGAGCAGCUCUAGCACACACUCUCUUUCAGAGUCCUUACCAGGUCCUGAUUCACUUACAGGCUUUUACGGAGGUCCCCCACCCAGACUUAAAUUCCAAUUUAAGCCCCCUCCACCUCCCUCACCCUUGGGUAAAAAGACAAACUUUUUGGGGGAGUCUUUCAGAAGCAGCCAGAAGUGGUUCUCUAAACCAAAGAGACCCAAAGCUCAGAAUAGUGACCCUACGACCCAUGUUAUUUUAAGUAACAACAAUAAAAACUGCUCCUCCUGUGAUAAUCUUGGCUCAGGCACAAAUAACCUGCCUCCCCCAAUGCAUCAGAUUCCUUCAGACAGGUACCCUUUAGCAGAGGUCAAGAUGCUGCCUCCCCGAGAGGAGUGGACCAGAAGGUUUCUGGAGCAGAGAGAAAAACAGUACAUGGACAACAGUACCAAAAAUGCCUCCAGGUUUUGGGGAAGGGGUUUUGUCCGCUCUUCCAAACGACGCUCAGCCCAACGUCUCAGCAUGGCACGGUCACUAGAUGACCUUGAGUCUGCUGCUUCUUCAGAUGGUGACUACAGUGGAGUUCAGUUACAGGGAUGCUGUAGCCAAAGUAGCCUGAACAGCAAUGGCAGUCUUCCAGGAGCAGGCAGCCACCGCGGAGGUUCAGAGCAGCGUGUGGCCAGCUGGGCCGCCUGCUUCGAACAUCUCCUCCAGGAUCCAGUGGGCGUGCGCUACUUCUCAGAAUUUCUGAAGAAAGAAUUCAGUGAGGAGAAUAUCUUGUUCUGGCAGGCCUGUGAAUACUUCAGUCAUGUCCCUGCAACUGAUAAGAAGCAGCUCUCCCAGAGAGCAGGUGAGAUCUACAACAGCUUUCUGUCUAGCAAGGCCACCAUGCCAGUCAACAUAGACAGCCAGGCCCAGCUGGCUGACGAUGUCCUCACCUCACCUUGGCCCGACAUGUUCAAGACGCAGCAGCUACAGAUCUUUAACCUGAUGAAGUUUGACAGCUACUCACGAUUCCUCAAGUCCGCACUUUACCAGGAGUGCGUACGGGCUGAGUUGGAGGGUCAACCCUUGCCUGACCCCUACCAGAUCCCCUGUAGUCCAGCACCAUCCAAACACAGUGCCAGCUCUGACCGCUCCAGUCUUUCUACUCCGAAAAGGGACAUCAGAAAGCAAAGGUCAGGGAAGUCACUGAAUGAAGACAGCAGGGACGAAAGUGCAGACAAGAAACGGGGGAUCUUCUUCUCCUGGUCCCGCAAUAGGAGCUUUGGGAAAGGACCAAAGAAGAAGGAGAUAGGAGACAUAAACCUUGACUAUUGGGGCAGUAAUGGACGCAGGGAGUCUCAGGGUUCCUUGUCUUCCGGUACCAGUCUGGAAAUGGCCACUUCCUGCUCUGCUGGUAAAAUUGAGUCGGAAAAUCGCCACUCAGUCGGAGCCUGGGAACGCUCUACUAAACUUUGUAGUGUGCUUCUUCCUGAUGGGUCCAACUCCUCCAUCAACCUUCGACCAGGUGCCUCCAUCAGAGAAGUCCUCCACGAUCUUUGUCAAAACAUUAACGUCAACAUUGCUGCUGUCGACCUCUUUCUGGUGGGAGGAGAAAAGCCGUUGGUGUUGGACCAAGACUGUCUGACACUCAGCUCACGAGACCUAAGACUUGAGAAAAGAACUUUGUUCCGACUGGACUUGGUUCCUAUUAACCGCUCCGUGGGCCUGAAAGCCAAACCGACCAAACCAGUGACUGAAGUCCUACGUCCCGUGGUGGCUAAAUAUGGCCUCCACCUCAGUGAUCUCGUGGCCAAAAUAAGUGGAGAAACCAAGCCUCUGGACCUCGGUGCACCUAUAUCCAGUCUGGAUGGUCUGAGGGUCGUGUUGGAGCGAGCAGAUCCAACUUCAGGAAAAGACAAGUCCAAGUCCAACUCCCUUAAAAACCACCCGCCUUCAAGGAGUUUCUCUGCCACCGGAGAUGAGAGGUCAGCACCAAAGGACAUUUCUGUGAGAGCAAGUGGACCAGACUCAGCCCUGCCAGUGGAAAAAAGAAAACAGAAAAAGAUUAAUAUAGAUGAAGCUGAAGAAUUCUUCGAGCUCCUGAGCCGAGCCCAGAGCGCCCGAGCCAACGACCAACGUGGCCUCCUGAACAAAGAGGAUCUGGUACUUCCUGACUUCCUGCGACUGACCCCACCCGCUCCCUCCGACCUGGCCUCCUCCACUCCGGAUUCUCUAAAACAGAGCAGGGAGAACGGAGUCUCCUCAAGAGGUGCUUUUACUUCCAGCUUUCGAUCGGAAAGCCUGGACUCCUCCCUUAGCUCUAGUGCUAAUGGACCCUCUGGGACUAGAAGGUGUCUCAUACCCCCUCCCCGCCAUCCGGCGUUCGGCACCCACCUGUCCCCCAUCCCUCGGCCCAGUCUCCGCACGGUGGAGGAAGACACCCACGCUGACCUGACACUGGUGGGUGAGGGAGACAUCAACAGCCCCAACAGCACACUGCUGCCCCCGUCGCCGUCCUCCAUGCCGUCCUUCAACAGCAGCCUGCCUGAAGCCAACUUCACUCCGCCCGCACCCUGCUUCCAGUCAAAAGACACAGGUGGAGAGGGAAAGUCGACUUCAGAGAAACCAAAAGAUAUCACACCUAUGGCUCAAACCCUGGGGGACAGACCUGAAGCAGCAUCGACCGCUCAGGAGGUGAUGGAUGUGGAGGGAGUUCACUUGGAGGAGAGAACCCAGGAAACAUCCCAGCAGGAGGAGCCGGAGCUCAGCCUGAGCUUCCAGGGCUACGUUGCUGAGCUGCGUCAGUGUCAGACUAAGAUGAGGACGGUCCAGCUGCCACCCACUGGCCGCAACCCGCCGGAGGGCAAUGACUGCAAGACGGAACUUUACAAGGCCACAAUUGUCUGAAAAGGAACGCCCCCAACCCUCUCCCUCCGUUCCCUCACUACUGCACUUUUUCCUCCUGAGGCACUGUCUCUGAAGGAUCAUGGGACAAACUGAUGGGCUGCAUGUAGAGGAGCUGUAAAUGACCACUCCCUAGUGUCCCUAAUGAUAUGGUGAUGGAUGUUGUACUGUGUGUUUCUCAUGAAUUAUUGAUGUGCCCUCGUUGGUUUUUAGUAAUGCUUGUUAUUUUUUUGGGACAGUGAUUUUGUUUUGAUAUUGUAUAGUUUAUUAAUUAAGCGCAAAGCAGAUCGAUUGUGAGAUGCAGCCAACAGAGGACGAUCACAGAAGAAGAAGUCAGAGUCCUAGUUUUUAGCCCAUGUUCUGACGAAGUUUACGUCAAUCAAUUAGUUAGACGUUAAAAGAAGCCGCUCCUCGUUAAGGAGUGUCAAAAGAGUUAAAAUAUAGGGAAGAAAUGUGCAAAAUGUUUGGUAAAAGAAUAGUUCAUUAGAAGGUUCAAAGUAAAAGUCUUGAUUUGUUGGAAUGACGCGUGCUCUGCCAGAGAGUGGUAAACAGCUAAGAUCUUUGUUUGGAGCUAAGAUUUUGUGGUGAUUACAUGGAGGAAAAGCUACAUUUCCCUGGACAUGCAGUGGUUUCCUGUUUAAAUCUCCUUCCUAUGUUCUACAGAUAAUACAUGGCAGUAACUUUAUUGUCUGUACUGUCCUCUGCUGUGGUUUUGAGGUUGUUCUAAUGUUAACUGAUUAAAACCUUUGAUGGCUCCGAGACUUUCAGUGUCCUUUUUGUUUCGUUUCCCUCACUUACAGUUUCUGAUCCAAAACCUGCAGCAUUAAAUAAUUAAAAUCUUUUCUUUUUUUUUGCAGACUUCCUGUUCAACAUGUUCCAGCAGCCGUGGAGGAGGUAAAGGAGGCCGGCUGACGACAAGAUCUGUUUAUUUCCAAGUCUUUCGGUAGUACAAAUCAUGUGCAGGUCUCCAAACAAAUCCUGUAGAGUUUACAAUAGCAACAAUACUUUGUUGCCAGGAAGAAAUACUGCUCUGUUAUAUUUAAAAAAAGUACUUUUUACACCUUUUCUAUUUAACCUUUCAGUGGCGGUGACGAUGGCAACAGUGCCCCCUCAGAUCAUGUAAGUUUGAGACUCCUGCUAUAGAGUAAAACUUUCAGUAGUCAAAUAAUAAAUACAAUUAGACAAAAUAAAGGGCUAUGGUUAUCAGUCCUUGAUGCUACAGUGUGUAAUUUGAACAGGCCAAUGAGGAGGAAGGCUAAGACACGUAUAUGUAUGAGGAUGAGUAGGGGCUUCAUGUGACUGUAUAUAUUGUUAGCCUCGUAGACUGAGUCAUAUGUUUGGCAGUUUGCCCUAUCGGGCCAACUGCACUCUCCAAAUGCUGCUGAUUCACUCCUACUUGUAGACACUUGUCCUGGUUCUGGUUGGAUUAACUGUUAAAGUUUAAAUACUUUUUUUCCCCCUUUUUGUCUGAAAACGCUUAAACAGGACAAGUGUAAUUGAAUUGCAUUGAAAGUAUGAGGACAGCUGUGUCCUGCUGGACCUUAAGGCAUCUUAAAUGACCUUUUUGGCAUUUUUUUUUUUGCAAAGACAAUGAUUACCAUGUAGUUGUCUCAGUGGAACAGUUUCCUCUGUGCAAACACAUCAAACAGACUGACCUGGAGAAUGUUUAUCCACAUGGACGUGGUCCAGCCUGAUCUCUGCCUUUCUGCCUCAGCAUCUGGACACAGAUAUAAUUCCAGCUGGUGAAAAUUAGAGGUGUAGAUUACGAGUGUGGGGAGUUUGUCAUGACACAGCAUGUCACAGCUGGAAUGCAGUCGGAUUCUAAAGGGUAAGCCGGGCUGAAUCAAUUUUCAAAUCUACUUAAAUUAGUGAAUUGGUAUUUUAUAACUUUAAAUUCCCUUCAGAUUUUAGAUCAGCCGUCAAACUGGAUUUUUCCUUUUGCUUCUUGAAGACAUUCAGGAUCACUGUUUUAAACUCCCAGCUGCUUCCACGUGCAUUACCUGGGAAGAGCAGGAACACCUGGUUACUUUAAUGCAGUGGUUCUAAGUUAUUUUCUGUCAUGCCCCCCCCUUGGGGACAGAAAUGUUUUCACGCCCUCCCCUCCGACCCCCACCCUCUCAAAUUGAAAUACUAUACAGAUGUAUAUUUUUAUCUGUACAAACCACUGUAUGAGUUG